AUGGUCAAAAGAGGUGACAAAGAUAUCUUUCUGGCAUCCGAAUCGGACACGGAGCUGCCUGUUUACUCACCGAUUGAGAUUCAAUUACCAGCCUCCACGUGCAACGUCAUCGUCCUUCCCAAGUUUUCACCGCCCAGACACGAGAAAGUCGCUUUGCCCAAGUGCAAGUGCACGGCCACACCCAAGUCCUCACCUAGUGCAUCCCCGUCACGAUUGCCUGAUGCCCGGAAUCAAAGUUCCUCCACGAGAUUGCCUAGAAGUCCGACCGAUCUUUCCUCCAGGCGUUCUUCCGGACAAGGCCCCUCCAAAAACCGUUCGUCUCGAGAACCUUCACCACGCGGUCGUUCGCCUAAAGAUAGUUCGCCCAAAGAUCGUUCGCCUAUAGAUCGUUCGCCUACAGAUCGUUCCUCUAAAGGUCGUUCCUCUAAAGGUCGUUCCUCUAAAGGUCGUUCGCCUAAAGAUCGUUCACCUAAAGAUUAUUCGCCUAACGAACGCUCGUCUCGAGAUCGUUCGCCUCGUCAUUCGCCCCUACAAACAUCCGCUCCCUCACCGCCUAAAGUAUCUGGUGGAGGAUCCCCUAGGGCAUCUGGUGGAAUACCCAAGGCACCCCGUGGAGGGUCGCCGAAAGUAUCUGGUGGAGGUUGGCCUAGAGUAUCUCGGAGAGGUUCGCCUAAACCCAAUCCCGAAGGUUCACGUGACGCGCUAGCCUCACAAGCGGCAACACAAAUAUGGGCCGGGAUUGCGAGCAGUCGCCGGCCGAAGACCCCGGUCAGCGACGCCUCGGCGGCUCCACCCAGAAGCCCAGCCCAUAGCCCCCCAAAAGUUGAACCCAAAGCCCCACCUAAAAUCCGGUCUAAAAGUCCCCCAAGACGUCCUCCAACCCCCCCUCCGAAUGACCUCCCAUCGAUCAGAGGACCCCGUGGACACAGACGGCCGAAUUUGCAGAAAAUCUUUCAUCAAAUUAGUAAGGACGGCUUUCAAAGUCAAUGUCAAAAUCCGAGGGACCCUGCUUCCCGAUUUUAUCCGCCGUUAGUGUCUGCUCCUGAACAGCAGCCUCAUGAUCCACUUCAACGGCAGUCUCCGACAAGACUUACUCCUAUGCCUGAGCCGGAGCCUUCUAUCCAGACGGAAGAUCCCCAUCAGUUUUUCAAUAGGAUGUCGAAGAAAUUGAUGGCAUACUUCUUGAUUGGCUAA